CCCUCAUCCCCUCGUUACCGGUACCUGGACCUGCUCUUCGCCCUCCUGGGCGCUGCUGCUUUCUUGGCAGACCUGGUCGCUGAUCUGUGGGUGGCCUCCAGCUACAUGCAGGCUGGGCACUGUCUCUGGGGGGGGCUGGUGCUGGCACUGCUGGGCCUCUCCUCCCUGGCCAUGCAGUUCUUCAGCUGGGCCUGGUACCAGACGGACGACAUCGAGCAGGACCUUCCCAGUGGCUGCUGCCUGGCUGUGGUGCACCUCCUCCAGCUGGGCUAUCUCUACAGGUGUCUCCGUAUGCUGAGAGUGGGCUGGCGAGUAUGCAGGGCAGAGACUGCACCACAGCAGGAGCGAGGCUACGCUGUCUUCCUGUCCCACGACAUCAGCAUGCUGCGCCUCUUUGAGACCUUCCUGGAGAGCACCCCUCAGCUCACGCUUGCUCUCUCCAUUGUUCUGCAUACAAACAAGGUGGAGCUUUUCCAGGGGCUCGGGAUUUGCACUGCCUCCCUAUGCGUGGCCUGGUCACUACUGGAUUAUCACCAGUCCCUCCGCUGCUUCCUGUUGGACAAGCAUGAGCUGGGCCCGCUCUCCUCCACCAUCUACUUUCUGUGGAAUUUCCUCCUCCUCUGCCCCCGCGUCCUGGUAGUCGCACUCUUCGCCACACUCUUCCCGUGCUACAUCGGCCUGCACUUCCUGGGCAUCUGGGCUGCCAUGCUCCUCUGGGUCUGGCUGCAGGGCACUGCCUUCAUGGAGUGCCCCAGGCGGGAAUGGCUCUACAGGGCAACGGUGGCCGUGAUUCUAUAUUUCUGCUGGUUCAAUGUGGCCAAGGGGCAGACGCGGCAGCGCAGCGCAAUCUAUCAUGGCUUCAUCCUGGUGGACAGCGUGCUCCUCGCUGGCUCCUGGCUCUGGUACAAUGCCCCUCUUCGUGAGCGCUCCUAUCUGCUCCCUGUGCUUCUCGCUGCCCUGGUCUGCUCUGUGCUCGGGCUGCUGCUGAGAAUCACCUACUACAAGUGGCUCCACCCCACGCUGCAGACCCGGCGCCAGGCGAGCUAUGAUGAAGUAGACACUGCAGAAGGACUAGCCGAUUUCCGAGCUGGCCCAGCGCCGGCCCCUGUGAACAGACGAAUGUACCAGCUGUCCCAGAACCACUUCUUGGUCUCUUUGCAGGCCGGGCAAAACUGGGGGAAUGGUGUCCUGGAUGACAUGUCUCUCUGAGCGCAGCUGUCCCUGCUCCAGGCAGCGGAUUUACACCUCAGGGAUCUGUGCUGGGGGAUCCCAUUCCAGACCUGGCUCCAGCGUUCCCAGGGACCGAGCACCACAGCUGUGGCAGGGAGAGGAGAUUGGAGAGAGCUGGGCGGGCUGAGAGCACUGGCACUUAGUAGCUGUGACCCCUGUUCUGGGCUGGCGCUUUUCCAGUGGGAAAGGCAAUGCAGCAAGUGUUAUGGGAGAACCCCGCUAUAAGAGGGUUGGCUGCUGAGUGGGCUCAGCACCAUGUUAACCCUUUAUUGUUAGGCCCCUGCCCCGGGAUCUGCUCCACUACAGCAAACUCCUCACUUCUUCCUGCUGGUUUCUGUGGCCUCCCCACUUCUGCUCUGCACACUGCCCUGUUUAGCCCCAUCCCCAUUUCCCUGCCAGGCUCUCCCCUGUUUUGUUUCAGCAGAGUUCAAUGGGAAACUGUGUGCUGUUCUUGGC